AUGGACUGCAGAAUUGCCGCGUUUUUCGUCUUCUUCGUAACAUCAGUGCCGCCGUGUGUACGGAGCCAGGAGCAGCAGAUUGUGCUACUGGAGAACGGCCAAACCUUCGCAGUGACCGCGCAGUUCUCCGUGGGGUACGCCAGCGACCUUUUGGUGGAUUUCCAGUGCAUCGGAACUGACCCGGAGACCGCGUGGUCUAGAAGAAGGCCCAGGUUCAGUCCGCUGCCUGAACCCCUUGACCCCAGGACCACCUCCUUUAGUCCCAGCUCUGGAGUGGUUCGCAUAUUCUCAGACUACAUUAGAAACCCAGACAACAUAGAUGAUGGUGCUGUGACCAUCGGGUGUUUCAGAGGUGGCCCAGCCACCGUGGUACUCAUGCCAGUCCAAAAUCUCUUUUUCACUGCUCCAUUCCUGACUCCCAUUCCCUCCACUGACGACCUGCGCUCAUUCUGCACCGGUCUCCUCCCCCAACUCCCCACCUUCAAUGUCACCCCCGUCACCACUCCCGGUAGUCAUGGCUACUGUGAUUACCAAUCAGCCAGGGGCUCCUUCAGAAGUCCCAGUUUUGCCUUCACUGAUGGAGACACUGGUACGUCUCCAGCUCCCGAGUUUGUUAUUCAGCCACUGAACAUCACUGUCCGGUCAAUUAACAACAUAACGAGAGGGGCAUUCUCCUGCGGUGUGUACCCCUCGUCCCCAGUCCAAUCUAUCACCUGGUACUUUAACCCUGGCAGUGGAGCCAGCCCAGUCAGCACCAGUGACCCUGAUGUGAGGACACUGACCCAGACUGGUACCAGUGUUCUGGUCCUGGAGAACGUGGGGCCGGAGAGAGACGGCUCGUAUCACUGCCAGGUGACGCUGGAUGCAGGGGGGAACCCUCUCAUUAGUGGAGAAGGGUUUCUUGUGGUCAACGAAACUGCCGCUUCGGACAUUGACACAAUUAUCCUGGCCCCUCCCCCCUCCCUCUCGGUCUCCGAGGGUAACAGUGUCCUGAUCCCCUGCGUGGGGUCCGCACAACAGCCAGUGUUUACUGGUGGAUCUCCCGCGGCAACGAGGGAUACCCCCUCCUCUUUUGGACUAACGAUAUCCUCGGCAGAUCGCGAAGACAGCGGCACUAUUGUCUGUCAAGUGGGCGGAGCCUCGCCCGAAGUGAAUCUCACAGUAUAUGCUGAGCCUCGAUUUGAAGAAGAACUGACACAGGAAGUUGCGAGGUUCCUCAACGAAGACAACUCGCCCAUUCAGUUGACAUGUGAGCUCAGUGGAGUCCCUCUUCCCUCCCUCACCUUCCUCUACAACAACCAGCCAUUCAAUAGCACCUCCAGACUGACAGUGAAGACAGAGUCCCCUACCUGCAAUACAUGUGUUCGUCAUACUCUGAGUAUCGAGGACCCACAGCCAGGAGAUGAAGGAGUAUACCAGUGUCUAGGGACAGCAGGAGAGGACAGCAGUACUACCAUUGUCUCCACCUCUUACCUCAACCUCCAGUUUUUGAUGAGCCCAGUCAUCUCCUACAAUGGAGAGGUGGUGGAGGAAGUGGUGGAACUAACCUUUGAUGAUUUUGGGGAGAUGGUGCAACUGGAGUGCAGCGUGGUGGCUCACCCUAUUCCCUCCAUCUCCUGGUCGAGGAAUGACAGCUCUCCUCUCACUGGCACUCAGACAUUCACUGGAUUCAGAGAGGCAGCCAUGUCAGUGUUGGAGCUGGCAGUGGACAGUGUGGUGGGGUCAGUGGCUGUCACCUGCUCUGCUGCAGGGCUCAUGGGGGUCAUUGAGGCAACUACCAUCACUAUCACUGUACCAUUCCGACCUGCAGUCAUCACUGGGCCUCCUGAUGAUGUCAUAGCUAUUGAAAAUGAACUGGUCAACUUCACCUGUCUCUUCAGUGGCCUCCCGCAGCCAGUCGUCAACUGGACCGCCUUCCCCUCCUUCCCUGACCUCUACACUGUGACCCCUGGACCCACCAGCAGUACUCUGCAGUUUGAGGCAGCUCUCUCUCUCAACCUGACCUCUGUCCACUGCACUGCUGUCAAUAGCGUUGGGAGUGACACCAGCACUAAUGCCACUCUCACCAUCGCUGGUGGUCCAGGUACACCCUCCCUCUCAGCCACUCCUGGAGCUCGUGAUGUCACCAUUGAGUGGAUCUCUCCUUUCUCCCUCCUCCCCAUCUCACAGCUCCUGCUGGUGACCGCCGGACCCUCUGACUCCUUCCAGAGAACACCAUCACCUUCACCUUUCAAUACUGUGACUAUAGACUCCCUCCGUCCCUUCACAAACUAUGCCGCCACUCUUACCACCACCAAUAGAGCUGGCAACUCCGUAGCCACACUAUCCUUCACCACACUCCAAGCAGCUCCAGACACCCCGCCCAUUAACGUCAUGGCAGCAGCAGUGGACACUGGUAGUAUUCUCGUCUCCUGGGAACCCCCUCCAAUUAGCAACGGAAUCAUUAUACAAUAUGUUCUGACCUUUGGACCCCUGGCCACGCCCACCCAGUCACGGAUGAAUAUUACAGAUACCCAGAGACCGUUUUCGUCGGUCCAGCGAGCUCCCCCUGUGGUUCAAAGGUCGUAUCCUCUCCCCCCACCACCGCCCGAGACUCCGCCCACUAUCCCUGACGACGUCGCCAUCACCUUGACAACCAUCCCCAUCAAUCUUCCAAUGAUGAACACCUCACUGUUCAGUCAUUUCUGGGUGGUGGCGGUCAGAUUGGGUUCAGAGGACCCAGGUUUCCUGCAGAGCUCUCCAAGUGCCCACUUUACCUCCAGCCAGUCCCUCACCACCUACUCCGACGAUAUUCCAGAGAACACUGGCUACAUAGUCUCAGAGAUCUCGGCCACUGUGUACGGCAAUGUGGCCUCCGAGGUGUUCCUCCUGGGAGACCACGACGAGACGAUGGCCAGCAAUGAUUUCCCAGAGCAAUACGUGAACGGACCUCUGGAGGAAGAGACAAGAUACUCUGUCUUUGUCUGGGGCUUUAUCCCUGCCAUCCAGAACUCCUCUGAGGGAGUAGCAAAAAGACAAACUCAGGAAGAAAGACAGUACAGAGUCUUCACCUCCAGCUCCUUCUCCCGCCUAAUUCCACUGCCACUAGAGUCCCCCACUGAUGACGGAUUGUCAGCUGCUGCCAUUGCUGGUAUCACGAUCGCAGGCCUCAUUGCCUUCGUCUUGGUCUCCGUGGUCGUCAUCAUGGCAAUUAUCAUAGCCAACAUGUGGUACAGGAGAGUCAAGGACAUUGGACCUCCUCCAAUUCGCCAAGGGUCCAAGAGAUUUAAGGAGGAGAAGUCGGUGGUGACAGUGAUGUUAAACCCAGGCACACGUCCAGACUCUGCACUCGACGAAGACACCACUCCAGACGACGUGAGACUACCAGUGUCGGUGGAGGACUUCCCAGAGCACGUCAGGAAACUCCACGUAAACAGUGACCACCCGUUCUCAGAGGAAUAUCAGUUGAUCAAUAUCAAGUCUCCCGGACUGCCCCAUCUACAAGGCUCGGCUAAUUGUAAUGUCAUGAAAAAUAGAUACGCCAACAUCAAUGCAUACGAUGAAACGAGGGUUCACCUGAACUUUAUUCCCGGAAUGGAAGGAUCUGACUUUAUCAAUGCCAACUACAUUGAGGGCUACCAGAAGAAGACUCUGUACAUAGCAGCACAAGGUCCCCUCCCAAACACUGUCCACGACUUCUGGAGAAUGGUGUGGGAGGAGGACUCCUGCUGCAUCAUCAUGCUCACCAACAUCAACGAGAAAGGACGAGUAAAAUGUCACCAGUACUGGCCGGAGACAGGCAGUCUAGGUCUGGACGAUAUGACUGUCACCGUCAUUGACACCCAGGAUCUGGCCUACUACAGCAUCAGGACAUUCAGACUCUCCAUGGGUACAGACAGGAGAGAGGUGAAGCAGUUCCACUACACCGGGUGGCCUGAUUUCGGAGUCCCUGAUCACCCUCACCCGGUCCUCUCGUUCAUCAGACGACUCAACAACUUCAAGAGGACUACGCAGGGCCCCGACGUCGUCCACUGCAGUGCUGGAGUAGGCAGGACAGGAACGCUGAUCACCAUCCAGGCCAUGAUGAAGGCGAUUGAAGACGAAGGCCAAAGUCGACAUUUUCAAUUCCAUCCUGGGAAUGAGGAGACAGCGCAGCUAUAUGGUCCAGACAGAGGUACGCUAUCACAUGGUGAUCAUAGGCAGUAUAUCUUCAUUCACGACUCAGUGAUGGAGGUGAUAAAGAUGGGGCACACGGAAGUGUCGAGUCAGAGCUUGCGACGGACCCUCAAACAGCUGCAGGCACAGGACCCACAGACUGAGACCAGCCGACUGGAGGAAGAAUACCUGAGGCUCAACAGUCUGGUGGCAGUAGAUGACUCCAUGUUCAGCUACGCCAAUAACAGCCUCAACCAACCAAAGAACAGAGACCCAAAGAUAUUACCUCUUGACAUGUAUCGAGUGAGGCUGAUAAUGGCCCCUGGUUCCAGUUGCUCUGACUACAUAAACGCCAGCUAUGUCGAUGGUUAUCAGCACAGGCACCAGUACAUCCUGACCCAGGGUCCACUGCAGUCAACUGUGGAUGACUUCUGGAGGAUGAUGUGGGAGCACAAUGUCUCCUGUGUCCUCAUGCUGUGUCAGAUCGAGGAGAAAGGGCAGGAGAUGUGUGUCCAAUAUUGGUCCAAGGAAGGACUGAAGCAGCAUGGAGAUCUGUUUGUGGAGCUGACUCAGGAGACCAACUUCACCCACUAUACAAUGAGAGAACUCUCUCUCACCAACACAAAGGUGAACGAGAGUAGGGUACUGAGGCACUACCAGUACGUGGAGUGGACGGAAGACACAUCUCCUCCUAACAGUACAGCUGUCAUUGAUCUCAUUGGAGUCCUGCAGAAGGCUCAACAUCAGAACGGCGGGGGACCCAUCGUACUCCAUGACAGUACCACCAUUGGUAGAGCUGGGACGUUCUGUGUCCUCAGCAGUGUGCUGGAGCAGCUGAAGGUGGAGGGAGUUGUCGACAUUUUCUUCUUCGUCCAUGCCCUCCGCCAGCAGCAACCUGGACUGGUUGCCACUUUUGAGCAGUACAAGUUCUGCUAUUCCUCCGUCCUAGAGUUCCUCGUUUCCUUUGAACUCUACUCAAAUUUUGACUGACCGACCUCAAUUUUUCACCAGCAGCUAUAUGUAUUUUUUGAGUGUUUUUAUCAUCAUCUUUUAUAAAAAUUUUGUAAAUGUUCCGUCAGAUCAUUGUGGGAUUGUAGGGUCUUUGAUAAUAUAAAAAUGUUAUGAUUGCGACAGAGAGUUGAAACUGGAAGUCAAUGAGAGGGAGGGUAAAGUCUUAGUGAAGAAAGAGAAGUCAUUUGUCAACUGGCACAGGCUUUCCUUUAGCCAAUAUCUUCUGCUGGAACUGAGACCUCUUCUUGUUGUAGAGAUGCCAGUGCUGCAGCUGCUGCUCCUCUAUAAACUUGGCACACUGGGCGUAGGCCAACUCUCGCCUGAAGAACUCCGACUGGAGGAGACCGAGGAAAUGGAGACAUUGGGGAUACCUGAUGAACUUGGCGUACUCCUGUUGUCUCCAGUACUGUAGGUAGCUGAGGUAGUUGAUGAACUCUGGCUCCUUCAGAUAGCCCUGCUGAGCUAGGAAAUUGAGGUAGUGAGGGUUGGCGAGACACUGGACGAACUCGAGCUCAGUCUGAAACCUCAGUCUCUCAGGAUCUUCCUUCACCUCUCCACCGGCAGCAGCAGAGCCAGCAUUUGCAGCCAUCUC